AUGAUCAAAUUGCCAAUUAGACAUAAUGUUUUUGUAGACUAUUUCUGUACUUCUCCACCUCCGCCGCCUACUCCAGGAGGUGUGACAUCGUUUGAAAUUGACGAGAACAGAGAAACGUUUCUCGUCGGAUCAAGAGUGAAUUACACGUGUCCGGACGAGUAUAUCUUAGAUGGCAUUCCUUAUCGCGUUUGCACUAAAAAUCUCAAUUGGGAGCCACAUUCUAAAAUUCACAAUUGUCGAAAAAACCUUCAAGUUUGUCCGGAUCCUGGAGUACCGGAGAAUGGAAUACGUAGAACAAUGUCGUUUGCGGAAGGGCGUCUCGCUUCAUUUGGUUGUCAACCUGGAUUUACAUAUCAUGGAACCGGCUUGCGUACUUGUAAAGUUGAUAAGCAAAAUAACACGUUUUGGGAUGGCGAGGAAGGUUACUGUGAAAGCGAAUUCAAGUCUCCGUUGGGUUUAGCAUUUCAACUAAAAGAAACUUUUACUGACCGUGUGGGGGCAUGCGUUAAUGACAAUUCUCCUUCCGCUUCAACUGUUGAAACCCCAACUGCUUCCGCUUCAACUGUUGAUACCCCAACUGCUUGCGCUUCAACUAUUGAUACCCCAACUGCUUCCGCUUCAACUGUUGAAACCCCAACUGCUUCCUCUUCAACUGAUGAAUUAAAUUGUCCCAACGAGGCUGACAAUCAACUUCCUGCGUCACCAGAUUGCAGAGGCCGUACAGUGGUUGUUGGAGAAGGAUGCAUUGAUUUAAUAUAUAUAGUAGAUUGCUCAGAAAGCGUAGGCGAAGAAAACUUCCGUAACAGUCUCGACUUCGUGGGUCGCUCGGCAGCGCUGUUUAAUAUCAACAACGAUACCACUAGAAAUGAUACUGCGAGAGUAGCUCUCAUCACUUAUGACGACGACGUGCAUCCCAUAUUUAAUCUGGGAGAAAAGGCAACUCUAGUUGAAACGAUUAACGCAAUAAACAAGACUAAGAACUGUGGAGGUGCAACAGCAAUAAGGAAAGUAUUGAAAUUCGUUAUGGACAAAGUAAUUCCAUUAGUAAGACAACUAUGUAAAAUAAUCUUAUUUCUGUUUUCUGACGGUGUAAACAAUUGGGCAGGAGACCCAAUGAAAGAAGCAAAAGCCUUAAAAGAAGAGAAAGACAUAGAAAUUUACACUAUUGCCUUCGGAGUUGCAGAAAAUAAGAGAGUUGACUCGAAAGCACUUGAAACGAUCGCGACCAAUCCCAAUUAUUAUUUUAAAGUGCAAGACGCAUCAGCCAUAAGAGAUGCAUUGAAAAAAGCAUUUACAACUAAAGUUGACUUUUGCAAAACUUGUGGUAGAGCUGUCGCUCCAAAAUGUAGAAACCAACACAAUGGCGUGUGUCUUUCGAAAACGGGUGCGUGGCCUUGGAUGGUCGCCAUUUACAGGAUUGAACGAGGCAAUCCCGUUUUUCACUGCGGAGGCGCGAUAAUUAGUGAAUGUAUGAUUUUGACUGCAGCUCACUGCCUCUUUCGUCAAAACAUUGAGGAACUCUUAGUUGUUGUCGGAGACACGCAGCGGUUUGUCAAAGAAUUUAGUGAGAAAACACACACAAUUGAACGAGUUUUUAUACAUCAGGAAUAUGAUCCAGUCUCUUUUAAUCGAGACAUCGCUCUGAUAAAGUUGACUUGCAAUGUCACAUGCUCUCCAUACGUACGAAAAGUUUGUUUGCCAACUUCACAGGACAAUAUCUUCUACAUUCCUGGAAUCAUGUGUAUAGUAGCAGGAUGGGGAGCCACGGAAAGAAGAGAACUAGGCGGAAAUUCGAGCGCAAAAUCGACAGCCAUGAAAGAACUUCAUCUUCCUAUUGCAGACAAAACAGUUUGUAUAGAAAGUACUUCGCCUCAAUAUAAGGAAGAUGUCACAAACUAUACAGUUUGCGCUGGAGACGGUACUGGCAACAAUGACGCUUGCGAUGGCGAUUCAGGAGGACCUCUCUUUUGUAAACGCGAAACGCAAAAUGAAAUCGAAGAGGACGCUUACGUUGUCGUAGGAAUAGUCAGUUGGGGAGAAGGAUGUGGACAGCCCAGAAAAUACGGUAUAUUUGCACACAUGCUGAAUCUGAUGGAUUGGGUCAAAAGUGUGAUGGACAUAAACAAAUGUCCGUUGGCACCCGACGGCGCAGAAGAGGAGGACCUGUGCCCUCCACCUCCAAUUGAACUAUCCUAAUUCUAGUGCAUCGUUUACUAAACAACUGACAGUGGCGUUGGACUCUUUGCGAUUAGUUUAAAGUCGACGUAGAACGUGCCUGUGGUUUUGUUUGUAGGUUUAUGUUAUUGUGCAGCGGAUAGUGGUGCUUGAAAUUGCGUCAGAAAUGUUGCUCUGACGUUAAGAUAGUUUAGAAAUUAGCAGCUGUACAAUAAACGUGGCAAAGGUGUUCAGCAAUAACAGUGGUUCAAAUU